GGAGCGAGUAUGAGGGGCGCGGGCAGGUCCCAGUCACGGUCCCGGGCUCCCACCGCAAGGGGAAGGCUGCGCUGCGCUGUGUCCUUGCCCGCAGGCCGGGCAGCGCCGUGCGCGAGCGCAGGGAGAGUCGAGCCCGGCGGGACGGGCCGGGCCGGGACGCGGCGGGUCCCGGGGACGCGGGAGCCCGGGGCAGCCUGCGCCUUCCCCGCCAGCCCCGGGCAGCCGAGGGGACGCCGGAGGAGCGGGAGCCGGGGGCUCCGGCCAGGACACGGGGCUCGUGCCGGCCCGGCGGGGACCAGGUGCGCGUGGCCGAGGCGGGCGGCAUUACAGGCAGAAGAGCAGCAGCUGCGGGAGGAGCCGGUCCGAGGCGGGGAGAUGCGGGGGCAGGAGCGGAGCCAGGCCAUGCCGCCCCCGCCUCAGCCCCAGGACCCCUCGGAGACCCCCCCGCCGGCACCGGGGCACGACCUCCCCGCCCCGCACGCCUGGCGCCAGCGCUUCCGGGGCCUCCGCUACCGGGAAGGCGCGGGGCCGCGGGAGGUGUGCGGCCGGCUGCGGGAGCUGGCCCAGCGCUGGCUGGAGCCCCAGCGCCGCAGCAAGGAGCAGAUGCUGGAGCUGGUGGUGCUGGAGCAGUUCCUGGCCAUCCUGCCCCGGGAGACGCGGAGCUGGGAGUGGGGGCGCGGCGUGGAGACCUGCGCCCAGGCCGUGGCCCUGGCCGAGGGGGUUCAGCUGGGGCAGGAGGAGGACGAGACGCUCCAGGUCACAGUGAGUGUGAAGGCCGAGGAGGUGUCCUCAGACAAGAUGCAGCUCGUGGGGACAUUGCAGGACCCUGGUGCUUCCUGGCCGGCGCAACUGAGGACCCGUGGUGUGGACGGGCCUGUGGAGGAGUGGGGAGAGAGGGAAACCCUGGGGCCUGGGGACAAGCUACCUCGGGUCCCCAAAGAGGAGCCCUUGCCCCAGCAGGAGUCAGGUGCUGGCACCCUGAGCAGAGCGGAGCAGCAGCUUCCUGAGGAGGGUCCUGGAAACCUGGAGCUGCAGAGGACUUCCCCAGGGAGACCGGAGGAGAGGAGCUCCCUGAUACAUGAGCCAGGCCAAGUGCAGAGGGGACAGGGCAGGCCUCCAAAGCAGGAGGAGAGCUUGGAGCUCCCGGAGGUGUUUGAGGACGUGGCCGUGUAUUUCUCACGGAAGGAGUGGGAGCUGCUGGAAGAUGAUGACAAGGUGCUUUACCAGGACCAGAUGCUGAAGAAUUACCAAGCCCUCAUUUCCUGCGGAUAUGGAGGUCUCACACCUGACUUAAUCUGCCGCAUCCAGCGAGGAGAGGUGGAGCUGUGGGUCUGUAAUGAUGAGGAUGGUGGGGAAACCUCAAGGUUGGAGGACCUUCUGCCAGGAGGUGCCUGGCUGCUGCACAGAGCUGAGAAGCAGCCUCCUGCGGAAAGGCCUGCAGACCUGGAGCCAGCAUGGACUUCCCCAGGGAGUUUGGGCAAGAUGGACACCCCGAGACCAGAUAAGGACCAAUGGCACAAGAGUCAGGGGAGGCCCCAAAAGGAAAGGGAGAAUGUAGCGGUGAACCAGGUACCAUCUGCAGUUGGGUGUGAGAGUGGAGAAGGGGCAGAGCCUGGACUGAGCCCUGGGUGCAGAGAAGAAGUGGAGCUGGGAGAGCUGAAGAGCCCCUGGAAAGAGGCACUGCAUCCGGAUGAAAGCCGUGGGGAGGGUGUCAGGGGGAAGCAGGAGCUCACGGCCAGGCACAGGGGCAGAGCCCACCCCUGCCCUGAGGUCAGAAAAACCUUUAAUUGCCCCUCACCCCUGGCUCUACACAAGAUGAGGCAUACUGGCAAGAAGCCCCUUGUCUGUGCCAAGUGUGGGAAGAACUUCACCUGGUCCUCCCACCUGAUCCAGCACCAGUUCAUGCACACAGGGGAGAAGCCACAUUGGUGCUCAAAGUGUGGGAAGAGAUUCACCCGCUCCUCUGACCUGGCUCGGCACCAGCGCGUGCAUGUGGAAGAGAAGCCAUAUCAGUGCUUGGAGUGUGGGAAGAGAUUCCCUCAAUCUUCCCAUCUGGCCAAACACCAGCUUUUCCACACAGGGGAGAAGCCGUAUCGGUACUCAGAAUGUGGGAAGAGCUUCAUCUCCUCCUCCAAACUGGCCCAUCAGCAGCACAUCCACACAGGAGUGAGGUCACAUCGGUGCUCAGAGUGUGGGAAGAGCUUCACCCGCUCCUCCAACCUGAUCCAGCACCAGGUCAUCCACACAGGGGAGAAGCCACAUCGGUGCUUAGAGUGUGGGAAGAACUUCACUCACUCCUCCACCCUGAUCCGGCACCAGAUGAUCCACACAGGGGAGAAGCCACAUCGGUGCUCAGAGUGUGGGAAGGGCUUCCUUUCCUCCUCUGACCUGGCCCGACAUCAACGCAUCCACACAGGGGAGAAGCCACAUCGGUGCUCAGAGUGUGGGAAGAGCUUCACCUGCUCCUCCCACCUGGUCCAGCACCAGAUGAUCCACACAGGGGAGAAGCCACAUCGGUGCUCAGUGUGUGGGAAGAGCUUCACUCACUCCUCCACCCUGAUCCAGCACCAGAUGAUCCACACAGGGGAGAAGCCACAUCGGUGCUCAGUGUGUGGGAAGAGCUUCACCCGCUCCUCCAACCUGAUCCGGCACCAGAUGAUCCACACAGGGGAGAAGCCACAUCCAUGCUCACAGUGUGGGAAGAGCUUCACCUGCUCCUCCCACCUGGUCCAGCACCAGAUGAUCCACACAGGGGAGAAGCCACAUCAGUGCUCAGAGUGUGGGAAGACCUUCACCCGUUCCUCCCACCUGGUCCAGCACCAGAUGAUCCACACAGGGGAGAAGCCACAUCGGUGCUCAGAGUGUGGGAAGAGCUUCACCCGUUCCUCCCACCUGACCCAGCAUCAGUUCAUUCACACCCAGAAGCAUCCAUAGUUUUGGGGGAAACGCAGGAAAGACCUUGGGUAUGUCCACCUGCUCAGUGCCCACCAGUGGCUGCCUUGAGGCAAGCAGCCUUGUGCUGGUGGACUGCAGCAAGAGUUCACCCAGCCUUGGCCCUUCUAUGGACCUGCAGACUCCACAGGAACCAGAGGCUGGCCCCAGGAUUUGGCGAUGGAAGGGGCUAAGAGGAAAUACCUGAGGCAGAGGCCAGUCUAGAUGCUGUAAGAACCGGUGGCGGACCUCUACAUCAGCCUUGGAGCCUGUGUCUGUGCCAUCAUUCUCUAAAAGUGACCUAUGCUUCAUGUGGGGGAAGAAGUGUCUCCAAAAUAGGGUGCCUUUCCAAGACAACUGGCUCCAAAAGACACCCAGGGACUGUCCUUGCCAGCUCCCACCUCCCUCCUCCAUCCUGGCCCCCAGGAUUCUGGUAUGUCAGGCACCAGAGUUGCAGGAAACAGGACAUUUAUGGCUGGGGAAGCAUUUCCUGACCUCCGCCCUGACCUCACCUCUCCUCCCCACUACAUCACCCCUCCCUAGACCUGCACAUGCCCAUCGUGGUCUGUAAGGAGCUCAGCUGCCACCCCUUGAGUCCAGCGUGGCAGGUUUUGCUUCUCAGCCCCUCUUCCAUGGGUUUUUUUAGCUCUUGGGUGCUGGAGGUGCCAUGUCCUGCUGUCAACUCUGCAGGAUCACACCUUGCUGACGAAUUUGCUUAGCUUUUAUACUGUUUCUUCAAGGCAUUUUGCUUGAUAGUUGGCCUAUUUAAGUCUGAACAAAACAGGGAGGAAAAGGUUGAUUAUCAUAUCACAACUCUUAAUUGCCGGGCUCCUGUUCUUGAUUCUCUAGGUGUAAAGACUUUAUCUGUGGCCCCUGUAAUAAUGGGUCAGUCACAGAUGAUGGGCUUUGAGUGUCCGACAGGAUACUUAGAGGUGUCACCACCAAACCUGUUUUGGGGUGCUUGUAUAUCAAUGGGGAGCUUGUACUGGUGGUGGUCUAUUUACCAAACUGCAGACAUGCAGUGAAUGGCUUGGACAUUUCUAACAUCCUAGAGUGACAUUGGAUUCCUGGUUUGAGCAAUGUGAGACUGUCGGGGACAGAACAUCCUCCCUGUAUUCAGUGUACCUUUUCCAGGUUUCUUUUGAGAUGCAUAUAUAGCCUUUUGUUUUCUUUAUCUGCUAGGUCAAUUGAAAUGCAUAUGUGGUUUCCUUGCCUUCACUGGCUCAGCCUUUCUUUAAAGGUCUUUCUGAGGUACACACAUGUGAUGAGCACAUUGGGUCUCUGCCAACAAUUUUAACUACUUUUAUUAUGGUAUGGCUUGGGUCUGGUCUUGGGUAGUGCAAGCACUCCCCUGUCUCAAUGCCUAAUGGGUUACAAGCUAUUAGCGGAGUUUGAUUAUCUUGUGGCAGUCUUGUUACCACUGUCCAGUCUUGCCCCAGCCACUGUCCUGCACUUUUAUUUUAUGUCCAAGCUUUCACAGUUUUCAUAUUUAAUUGUUGCUGAAUGUGUAAGUGGCUGUGCGGGUUGGGGGCAACACAUAUAGGUGAGGGGGUAUAUGUCAAAGGAAAUGAAAUCCUCACCACCCCUUUCCAAGAGGGGAGCAUGGCUGCAGAUCAGUUAAGGUCACGUGAUAUGUCUUCACAAGGCCUGACUUCAGGCCGGCUUCCCAAAUGCAGUUCCCACUGUUUUUGUGACGGAGUCUUAUGGAGAAGAGGAUGGUGCGUUACAGAAGUAGGUGCGUAAGCGUUUUGGUCAAUGCCUCGACCAGGGUGGAAUAGGAGCAGAAGGAGGCACCUCAGUUAACUAGGGUCCCUACUAGCCAAAAUGGGUCUGGCCCCGUGUGGGGAUGCAGGCAGCCUCACUUGCUGCGAAGAGAAAGGCCAAAUGGCUGCUUGUGUCCCAUGACAGCUCCAGCAAGUACCUAAGGACAUGGGAAAGUGCAGAUGGGACCCUGCUGAUGAAGUCAGACCUCCACUUACACCCAUGGACGAAGCCAUCCUAAGCUCCACAUCCUCUUGGAUCAUGGCAUUCUCCCAGGAGGAAUAAAGCCAGGAGAUGUUUUCUUUUCAUAGUUUCAUAGUAGCUAGGGUCAGGAGGGACCUGAACAGAUCACCUAGCCUGACCCCCUGCCACAGGCAGGAAUGAAUGCUGGGUUCACAAGACCCCAGACAGAUGAUCGUCCAACCUCCUCUUGAAUUUGCCCAAGGUAGGGGCGAGGACCACUUCCCUGGGAAGUUGGUUCCAGAUUGCGGCCACCCUAAAUGUAACAUAUUGCUUUCUGAUCUCCAACCCAAACCUAUUCUCCAUCAGCUUAUGACCAUUGUUCCUUGUCACCCCAGGUGGUGCUGGGGAGAAAAAGGCUCUGCCUAUUUGCUGUUGAUCUCCCCUUAUGAGCUUGUAGGAAGCCACCAGGUCCCCCCUUAGCCUCCUCUUGCCAAGGCUGAACAGGUUCAGGUCCCUCAGUCUGUCCUCGUAGGGCCUGUCCUGCUGCCCUCUCUCCAAGUGGGUGGCCCUCCUCUGAACCCUCUCCAGGCUGCCACAUCCCUUUUGAACUGCGGCACCCAGUACUGGAUGCAGUACUCCAACUGCGGCCUGACCAAAGUCGCAUAGAGGGGGAGGAUCACCUCUCUGGACCGGCUGGAGAUGCACCUUUGGAUGCAUGACAAGGUAUGGCUGGCCUUGCUGGCUGCGGUCUGGCAUUGGUGGCUCAUGUUCAUCUUGGAGUCAAUAAUGACUCCGAGAUCCCUUUCCACCUCUGUGCUUUCAAGAGGGGAACUCCCCAGCCUGUAUGUGUGCUGUGGAUUCCUUCUCCCAAGGUCAUUUGUCUACGUUGAACCUCAUCCUAUUCUCAUCUGCUCACUUUUGUAGUCUAUCUAAGUCUAUUUGCAGCCUCUCCCUCCCUUCAAGUGUGUCCACCUCGCCCCACAUCUUAGUGUCAUCAGCAAACUUGGACAGCGUGCUUUCCACCCCCUUGUGAUGACGAUGUUAAACAGUGCAGGCCUGAGGACCGAGCCCUGGGGUACCCCACUGCUCACAUCUCGCCAGGUUGAGUACAACCUGUCCACCACUACUCUCUGGGUGCGCCCCAUCAGCCAAUUUUUAACCCAUCCAACUGUACAGGCACCAAUGCCACAAUCACUUAAUUUAUUGAUGAGGAUGGGGUGAGAGACAGUGUCAAAGGCCUUCUUAAAGUCUAGAAAGACUAGGACCACGGCAACACCAUCAUCCAAAGAUUUAGUUACUUGGUCAUUAAAGGCAAUCAGGUUGGUCAGGCAGGACCUGCCCUUUAUGAACCCAUGCUGAUUGCCCCUGGGCACGAUCUCCCUUUCAGGCCCCCCACAGAUGUGCUCCUUAAUGAUUGUCUCCAAGAUCUGCCUGAGCCCUGAGGUGAGACUUACAGGCCUAUAGAUUCAUAGACGUUAGGGUCGGAAGGGACCUCAAUAGAUCAUCGAGUCCGACCCCCUGCAUAAGCAGGAAAGAGUGCUGGGUCUUGAUGACCCCAGCUAGAUACUCAUCUAACCUCCUCUUGAAGACCCCCAGGGUAGGGGAGAGCACCACCUCCCUUGGGAGCCCGUUCCAGACCUUGGCCACUCGAACUGUGAAGAAGUUCUUCCUAAUGUCCAAUCUAAAUCUGCUCUCUGCUAGCUUGUGGCCAUUAUUUCUUGUAACCCCCGUGGGCGCCUUGGUGAAUAAAUACUCACCAAUUCCCUUCUGUGCCCCCGUGAUGAACUUAUAGGCAGCCAACUUAUAGUUAACUUAUAGGCAGUUAACUUAUAGUUAACUUGGGUCCUCCUUCCUCCCCUUCUUGAAAAUUGGGACCAUAUUAACCAGUUUCCAAUCCUUUAGCACCUGGCCAGAUCACCAUGAUUCCUCAGGCAGCUGGGCCAAGGGCUCCUUGAGGACCCCUGCCAGCUCCCUCAACACCCUUGGUUAUGAUGCCUGCUAGCUCCUUAAUUACCCUGGGGUGCAAACUCAGGAGCAGCUGACUUGAAGACGUCUAGCCUCUCAAGGUGUUCCUUUACAAGGUCAACAUCGAUGGAGGGUAUAAAUUCACCCUCACCCUGGCUGUCCCUCAUCGUGCUAUGCUGGGCUGGUGAAAAAAUAAAGCAAAAUACCCAUUAAGCAGGUUGGCUUUUUCCUGGGUGUUGGUUGUCAGUUCUCCCAUUUGGCUUAGCAGGGGUCCAAUGUUACCUUUGCUUUUCUUCUGACUCCCCACAUAUCUGAAAAAGGACAUUUUAUUGUCCUUGAUACAUGUUGCCAGUUGGAGGUUUUACACGCCCUUGGGUCCAGCUGGCCCCAUGGUACCGUGUGUAACAGGGACUCAGACAAGAGCCCUGUUACUUAGAAGAUUGCGACACGCUGACCUGACGGUGAACCUGGCCAGGUGGGAGUUGCACAGCUGGGACAUGACGAGGGUGAUUAGCGAGCUGAGUGAUGCAUAAAAUCGGCAGUGGGAGACUGACUGAUUGCCUUCGGACACCAGAAGAAGAAAUAAGGGGCGACGGAGUUCCGGGGAGAAAGAAGACGACUUACUGGUGAUCUGGAUGAACUCCGGAAGACGUGAAGCCCUGAGGUGUGCGGCAAGUUAGCUGUGAAGAGGGUCACCUUGCCAAGAAUCCAGUUGGGCGUCGGAUCCCCGAGGGACACAGAAGGGCAGCUGUGAAAGAACCUUUCAUUGCCAGUAAACCCCACUGUGCUGUCAUGGCAGGCGAGUCUAAAGGAAAGAUGGGGAUAAGUGUAACUAUCCCACUCACAAAGUGGUGCAUUGGUCGGGAAUGUUGUGCACUAUCCAGGGGAUAACCUUCAGCCAAUAUUGGCAGUAUGGCGUCCAUGGAUACUCAAAUGCCAACUGACUGGCAGCAGGCGCAUAAUGUUACUUUGCCACUUGUACAAGGACAACAAGCUCAGCUAGAGGAGAUGGUGCGAGAACGUACCCAAGAAGUGGAAGCAUGAAUUUGACUCUUCUUCUGCCAGCAAGAUCUGUGUGAGAAAAUUGAGGUGCAACAGAUGGCGCUCGGGAGAGAAGGUGACGGAGCUAGAUUACCUUCAUGUCUCCAGAUGAUGAUGUGGAAGCCUAUUUAGAGGCAUUUGAGGGAAUGGCAGCUAUCCUGAAAUGGGACCCAGAAAGCUGGGUAGCACAGAUAGGACCUCUUUUUAUAGGUCCGGCACAAGCUGCUUGCAGAGCCCUUAGCAGGGUGGAAGCCAGAGAUUACUGAAAUGUAAAGGCAGAGAUACUAUACCAAAUAGAAAUUUCAUCUGAAACAUAUCACCAAAAGUUUUGGACCUAUAAGGGUUAUGAAGGGGCCCGGCCAAGUCUGUUAGCCCAGAUGCUAAGAGAUCUCGCUGAAUGAUGGUUACAACCAGAGACUCGGACUCUCCAAGAAGGGAUAGAUCUUAUAGUUCUUCAGUAGUUUGAUUGAUCGUAGCAACAGUUCUCAGAGAUGGGUACGACGCCACCAACCUAAGACUGUGGAAGAGGCCCUGCGACUUGCUGAAGACUGUGCUGCAGCAAACGGGGAAGGUGAAGCUCCUAAUAGAGACUGGCCAGGAGGUCUGGCACCUGGUACUAAGCAAGGAACACCUAGCCAGUCACGUCGGGGUGAGAAUAUUUAAAAUUAGGGAAGAGAACUGCAAACCUGGGACUCUAGGGAAGUGACAUGUUAUAGAAGUGGAGAAAAAGGAUACAUCUCUCGAUUCAGCCCAUGGAGAAACCAGACCGAAACUCCGGCUGAUACUACACACAAUGAAAAAUGGAUUGCAAUUUUGGUUGGCAUAAGGUCCAGGGCUGUCAAAAUAAGCUGGUAGUCGAGGUAAGAGUUGGAGAUACCAUCAUACCAGCAGUAGUUGAUAUGGGCUGCUCACAGUCAGUGGUUCAGGUGGACCUUUUUCCCUCCCAUGUAGGGAGCCUGGAGAGUCCAGUGAGCCUGGUCUGUAUCCACAGAGCUUCAUAUACCUACGAACGCAAGAGGGUCCAACUUAUCGUACUCGGUCACCUGGAGAGAUUGCAGUGAGCCUAGCUGAAACCCUGCCCUUCCCCAUGCUGCUGGGAGUAGAUUGCCCUCGUCUGGAGGAAGUAAUUUCCUGAGUCAUCACCAAGAACUGGGGAGAGUGGGACCAAGACUCUGUAACAGUCUGGUUUGAGGAUCCUGCAGAAGGAGAGCAAGGUGACCAGGACAUAGAACAGCUCAUAGGUGAGGGGCAUUUCCGGGAUGAGCAAAGACAAGAACCCCUUUUCCGGAAUAUCUGGCAAUCUCACCUGGGAAGGGAUGAAGGAAAGAUAGUGGAUCUCCAGGAAGCUGGGCAAAGUCCACGGUAUGAGGUAAGGAGGGGCAUCCUCUUAUCGGGUAGAGAACCAAGAAGAUGAGGAGGAGAGAUGUCCAAUCCUUAUCCCCCGCAAGUAUUGGGAGACCCUGCUAUGAGUCGUCCAUACGUUUCCUAUGGGGGGACGUCUAGGAUGGGAUAAGAAGGAGGCAUGGCUGAAAUGGCAAGUUUUCUGGUCUGGCUUGUACAAAAUAGUACAGGAAUUGUGUGUGGAAUGCCCCGAGUGCCAGAAGACGGGGGGUGAUGCCAGGGAGGUUACCCCUGAUACCAAUGCCGCCGGCAGAAUGCCCCGUUUAUCAGAUCGCGCUGGAUGUGGCACGACCAUUUCCUCGAAGCAGUGCAGGGUAUCAAUUUAUUUUUGUAAUCAUCGAUUUGUGCGGGCCGGGCCCCGAUCCCGCCCUCAUCGCCAUGGGCGGCGGUGAUUCCGAUCCCACUCUGGCCGCCAUGGGCAAGCGGGGGGCGAACCGGGGUCGAACCGGACCCGUCUUCGGUGCACGCGGGCUGUGGCCAGCAGCCCGGGCACGCGGGGCGGGAGAGAACCGCAGAGCGGUAUAGUGCACACGAGUUAGAAUUAGUCACGGAGGCGUAAUGGUCAAUUGAAAAGAUUGUUUACUUACACCCAAAGAUGGUAUUGGUGUAGGCUGGACAGGUUUCCAGGCACAGCUCCCGCUUGAACCGUCGUUGGAGGACUCUGACAAAUCGAUUGCUCCCACGGAGUUUGCUAGGAUCCGCGGGUCCGGUUAAGUUGGGUUCGAAAAGUUUCCCCGGAGUUACUUAGGCUCCGCAGGUCCGAAGUUUCAGGAAAGGGAUACGUCUAGGAUUGCGCUCGGCGACGGGGAGAGGCUAGAGGCGCGGUUCAUUCUUCCCUCCGGAGUAGUUAAUGCUCCGUGGGUUCGGUUAUUAAGCCUCUAUUGCCUGCUUAGGGGAGGCGCGCCGGGUCCGCGAGGGUCCACAGCGCUUGGAGAUCUUCACACAGAAUCUUUCUCGUCCUCCCUCCUCCGACUUGGGCGGAAACUACCCAAGCCUUAUGUACGGCUAGCAAGCCAAUCGCUAGCCGCCACGUGUGCCUAAAUUAGGAAUGGGCCACUAACAUGGCGUAAAUCCUAAUACAAAUCGCGGGAACUUCUUUACAGCGUGUAUCACUACGAUGCAAAAGAGAUGCACACUGCAAAGAAGCUACAAUUCGGCGGGAAAUCCCCUGUUGCACCAGAGCUCUGUCCUGCAGCGGAGAGCUCUACCGUGCAAAGAAAGCGACAAAUUGGCGGGAAAUAAUUUAGCGGUGCCGAAGCGCGCACACAAAUAAAAAAAUCACAACUUUGGGUUGUGACACGAUUAUGCUACCCACUUCCCUGAGGCAAUACUCCUGACAUCAGUUAUGGUACAGGCAUAGUUGGGGCUCUCCCAAAGUGGAUCGCAUGGGUGGGCAUUCCCCACGAAAUCCUUACAGACCACGGGAAGAAUUUUAUGUCUAAAUCUUAAAAGGGUUCUGCCGAGUUUUAAAGAUUAAGCAACUGUGUACCUCCAUCUAUCACCCCGGACUGAUGGCCUCGUGGAGCGUUUUAAUCGCACCUUGAAAGGGAUGAUUUGGGCCUGCAUUCAAGGGGAUCCCUGGGAGUGGGAUGUCCUGAUACCUCCCCUGCUCUUCUCAAUAAGGGGGGCCCCACAGGCCUCCACUGGGUAUGCCCUGUUUGAAUUAAUUUAUAGUCUUAGCGCACGGCGGCUUCUGGACCUUAUAUGUGAUGGAUGGAAAGGAGAGGAUGAUGAUCCAACGUUACCACAAGUAGUGACUGAUUUCUGGGAACGGUUGAGAAGGCCCCAAGAGAUAGCCCAGUGAAAUUUAAGCCAAUGCCAAGAAAAAACAAAAACAGCAUGAUGACACCCAGACCACUGAGAGAGAAGUCCAAGUUGGAGACUGGGUGUUGGUACCUACGCCUCCUAUGGAAAUUGGUUCCUGGAGGAAUGAGGGUGCAUGAGACAUAAUGGUAGCAGGCCUAAAAAUAGCUCCUGCUCAAUGUCCGGACCAUCAACUCAACAACCAGACCACUGCCUUGCAUUGACUGUCCCUGAAACCACAGACCUACUCCCAGGAUGCAAUAUUUGAAAGAUAAAGACCCUCCAAGAAACCAGCAACAUGGAAACAACAGAAGAGAACCAGCAACUCCACCAUUGUAUCCCACCGGACACUGAGGACAGCUGGAACUGCAUGACAUCCCCUGAACAGGACUGGCCCUUGCCUGGCCAUGUCCUGCCCACUGCAGUCACAGGUAUGCAACCCUAUAAAAGGGGUGGUAGAGUGUGACCCCCCGCUUGGGACGCCCUCUCUAUUUGGACCAGCACUACGCCACACCACCUAUCCACCCAGAGACCCUGCCAGCAACCCUCUCUGCGAGUGUGUGUGGGAACCAAUAACUUCAUGGUCUGUAUAUUGUGUUGCCUGUGUAAUAACUCAGGCCCCCGGGCUGGUCGGUCUUGCCACAGGCUCCCCACUCAAUCCCCACUCUUUGCCCCCGCCUCUGACCAAACCUCAUGUCUAACUCCCGUCUCUCUGUCCCUCUGCUCCUCAUCCUGCCUCUCUGCCACCGUUGACCACUGUCCCAGUUUUUCCUCUACAUCCUGAUUUCUCUGCCAGCUUCCUGCUCCUCCAGCUCACCGCUGCUCCACCACCUCUACCUCUCAGCUUUUGGCUUUCUUUCCCUGCCUUUUAUCUGGCUCCACUUCCCGACUCUCUACCCUGGCUUUCCCCGCCACCUCUAUGGCUUCUCUGCCAUCCCUUCCCCCCAGCUUCCUACCUCCACGUCCACCACCCCCACUCUCCCAGCUCCACGGCUGGCUCUCCCAGUCCUGUCUCCACCGCCUCCUCUGCCCACAGCCCAAGUACCCCCUGGUCACCAAGCACCCCAGUUCCCCCAAUCACCCCCAAGUGUUAACACAGCCACGGCACCCCGUGUUUGUGGACGCGUGUGUGUGUGUGAACCCAUAGUGUUGUAUGUGUAGUUUGUGUGUGUAUAUAUAAUAUGUGUCAUGCCUUUCCAGCUAGCAGCACAAUAUUCAGAUCCAGAGUGUUGAUGUCACAUGUGUCAAGACAACAUUGUACCAUUUGCACCUACAAGACGCCCACUCAAAACCCCUAUGGUCUCUUCCUGCCCCUCUCCGCUCCCUCUCAGUUGCAGGCCACUAUUUUGAAGGCCUUUGUUACGGAUCUUCCCUAAUUGAUUGGGUUCUCUGCCAUCUGGAGGGUGAGAGAUUUGCUAAGACAGUGCACUGUAUCCCACGUGUAUGUCGGCCCUGUGCCAAGGACACUGCCCAACUGCGGUUGGACCAUAGAGUUCACAUCCACUGCCUCCAAAGCAGUGUAUCCUUCAACAGUAGAUCCCAGUUUGUCUCCUGGUUUGGGCACAAGGUCCUGUACCUUUGGAGUUUGGGGGUCUUGAAUUGACACAUCAUCCACUGAUGAACAGCCAAAGCAAGAGAGCCAGCCAGGUGUUGGCCUUGUUCAAACAUUGGUGUGUGUGUGUGUGUGUGUGUGUGUGUGUGUGUGUGUGUGUAUACACUACUCAUACAAAAGCACUGGCUAAAUUAGGUAUGAUCAGCGAAAGUAUCUAACGCAUGAGCUCCUUAUAUAAGCAGAAAACUUGACACGUUGGCCACAUGAACACUCCAAGGAGGAGAUGGCUGCACAAGGUGGAGAUUAGUGCAAUACCUGGUUGGAAGAGAACAGCCAGGUCAAGAUGUGGAGCAAGGCUGCAGUACAGGAUGGCUCAAGAUAUCCCAGAUAUUUGUGGUAUGUAAUAAGUAAAAAGUGUAUAAAAGCA